UCGAAAGAGUACGAGUGGCUACUGCUGCGCCGCGGAGGACGACUGGUGCGAGAUAAGACCCACUCGAUCUGAUAACAAACACGAGGUCGGGCGUUGUUGUGUGCGUCGAUCAGCCGCUGCGUUCCGAUUCAAAUUUUAUGUGCUUUCGUCGUCCGUCGAGUCGCAAAACCCAAGAGCACCAUCUGCACGCCCUCCUGCGCGCGUGUGUCACGUCACCGCCGUUGAAUGUUAAUCGUCGACGUCUGCAUGAAUGGAAGAAACGCUGACCAAAUUGUCCGGCAGCGCCGACAGCAUAGAGGCCGCCGACUGGCAGUUGCCGCUGUGUUUCACGAAAAAAAGGCACACCGAAGAAAUCAAAUGUGUCGACGCCGUGGUCAGCUCUUGGCGGCUCAAGGAACGGAUGAAAACUGUGAGCGUCGCACUCGUCCUGUGUCUAAAUGUGGGUGUAGACCCUCCGGACAUUUUCAAAAUACAGCCGUGUGCUCGUCUAGAAUGUUGGAUAGACCCAUUGAUGAUGGUUUCCCAAAAGGCAUUGGAAGUAAUCGGAGGAAAUUUACAAAAACAGUACGAGAGGUGGCAACCGAGAGCGCGUUACAAACUAUCGUUAGACCCAACUAUAGAGGAAGUAAAAAAAUUAUGCGUUUCCUUGAGACGAAAUGCAAAAGAAGAAAGGGUACUUUUUCAUUAUAAUGGGCAUGGUGUACCAAAACCUACAUCAAAUGGUGAAAUUUGGGUAUUUAAUAGGGCAUAUACUCAAUACAUUCCUUUGUCCAUAUAUGAUUUGCAAUCAUGGAUGGGUUCUCCAUCUAUAUAUGUUUAUGAUUGUUCUAAUGCUGGAAUGAUUGUAAAAUUGUUUAACCAAUUUGCCGAACAACACGAAAAAGAAAUGUUGCAUGAUGCUACCCAAAAUCCAUUAUUUUUACUUCCUGAAGGAGGACCUUCUUUUAAAAAUUGCAUUCAACUUGGUGCGUGUCAAAUAGAUCAAACCCUUCCAAUGCAUCCAGAUUUGCCUGCUGAUUUGUUCACUUCUUGCCUGACUACACCAAUUAAAAUGGCUGCUCGUUGGUUUGUAAUGCAAAAUAUGUCAAAAUAUGGCUCAAAAUUAUUUCUUGAAUUUGUUGACAAAAUCCCGGGUACAUUAAAUGAUCGACGGACAAUGUUGGGAGAAUUGAACUGGGUAUUUACUGCAAUCACUGAUACAAUAGCUUGGAAUGUUUUGCCUCGAGAUACUUUUCAAACAUUAUUUCGGCAAGACCUUUUAGUUGCUAGUCUACUAAGAAAUUUCUUAUUGGCUGAACGUAUUAUGAGAACUUAUGACUGUGAACCAGUAUCUUCACCUAAACUACCACCAAUGCAUAAUCACCCUAUGUGGCAGUCAUGGGAUCAUAUUUUAGACUUAUGUUUAUCUCAAUUACAACGUGUCCAAGAUCACGGUGAUGGUUUAUUUGUUCGUACAACAUUUUUUGAGGAGCAAUUAACUGCAUUUGAAAUUUGGCUUGACCACACAGCUUGUUUACCUACACAACAACGUAGUGUACCCGAACAGCUUCCCAUUGUACUUCAAGUUCUUUUAAGUCAAGCACAUAGACUUCGAGCAUUAGAUUUGUUAGGUAGAUUUUUAGAUUUAGGACCAUGGGCUGUAAACUUGACUUUAUCUGUAGGAAUAUUUCCAUAUAUACUAAAAUUAUUGCAGAGUUUUGCUGUUGAGUUGCGACCAAUGUUAGCUUUUAUUUGGGCAAAAAUAAUGGCUGUAGACCAUACUUGCCAAACUGAUAUUGUUAGAGAAAAUGGUUUUAAGUAUUUUUUUCAAUUGGUUGAAGAUAUACAAUUGCCUGAAGAACAAAGGAUGUUAGGAGCUGUUGUUUUAUCUCGUCUGAUGCAAAACUACAGGAAUGGCCAACAAUUAGGACUUAAGAACAAUUUAGUGUGCAUAUGUCUUGAACAAUUAGCCAAUGCUAGUCCUCCUUAUAAACAAUGGUUGACAUUAUGCCUUGCUCAACUAUGGGCUGAUUAUGAUAAAGCUCGAUGGGUUGGUGUACGGGAUACAGCACAUGAAAAACUUUAUCUGUUAUUAGAAGACAAAAUACCCGAAGUUCGUGCUGCAGCAGUUUUUGCUCUUGGUACUUAUGUUAGCUGUGAUAAAGACCGUAGUAAUCAUGCGUUGAAUGUUGAUCAAAGUAUUGCUCUAACUCUACUGAAUACAGUUGCAAAAGAUAUGAGUCCCAUGGUUAGAGAGGAAGUCAUCAUUGCUCUUCAGUGGACUGUUAUUGCUUUUGAAAGGUAUUUUUUAGAAAUAGCAUUGCAGGAUCAAACUGAAAAACAAUAUGGAUCUUUUUAUAAAAGUCCAAAUGGCAGUUCAAAGACAGCCAGCCUAUCAAGAAUGGGCUCUAAAGAGAAGCUCUUGUAUUCAUCUACUAGUCCAAUUGUCACUGUGAUUUUACCUCAAACUUCUCCUAGUCUUAGCACUUCAGAUGAAAUGCCAGAAGAAAUCAAGUCUGAAUAUUUAAGGCGUACAAAUUCAUCCUCAUCAAUAGUUACCUUAGAUACUUAUCAAUCAACUGCAGCCUAUAAUAAUGUACACUCACAAUUAUGGAAGGGCUUAACUGCUUUGGAACAUGAUAUUUUUCCAGAUGUUGCUGCUACUGCACAGAAAUUAACUAAAUACAUUAGGCAGAAACUUAAAAACAGACCAGAUAGUCGUGCAUCACAUUCUUUACCUGCGUCUCCAUCAUCAAGAAGUUAUCUCAGUCAAGGAGAAUCUCCUCCUUUAUCUGUUAACGACCUUCAUUCUCAACAUAAGACACCCAUGGUACAACAUAGAUCCAACUCAAGAACAAGAAAAAUUGUACCAAACACUAUUGUAGAAGAAUCUUCUGUGCUGUCAUCAUCAUCUUCGCCUCCAAAUGUAGAAAGUGAUGGUGAAAAAGAUACUAAAAAUAAAACCAAGACUAUAUUGAGAUCUCAAUUUUUUGAAUGGGUGUCUAAAAACUUUGCUCAUCCAUUGAGUGGAUUGAAUGAUGGAGGUGACUUUGAGAGUGCCAUAUACUAUGAACGCGAUUGGAGGUAUACUCGAAAUAUGGCUCUUCGCAAAGAAGCACAAGAAGAACAAAACAAAGUGAAUAACUUAAAUUGUAAAAUAGAACAUCAAAUAUUUUCAUCAAAAUGUAAACAAUCACCUAAUUCAUUAGUCUUUCAUCCAUAUGAUCCACAUGUAGUUGUAGCUACUAAAGAUUAUUUAACAGUGUGGGAUUAUCAAAGUAGCUAUAAAUUAAGUCAAUGGAAACCUGAUCUCAGAAAUCAUAAUCUUGAUUUAUCAUAUAGAUCAGCACCACACUUAUCUGUAGUUGAACUAAUUAACAGUCAUGAUGUUUCAUUAAUAUUGGCUGGUUAUAAUGAUGGAAAUAUUCAGGUUUGGUCUCAAUUCAUUGAUGGUCCUCCUAAAUUGGUUUCUGGUUGGCACGCAUUACCUAUUUGUAAAAGUCCUAGUUUCGAGAGCUCUUCAAUGGCACUCCAAUGGGAUCAAAGAUCUUGCCAUCUAAUCUGUGCAGGUGAUUCAAGAGUCAUAAACAUUUGGGAUAUUGAAACUGAAACUAAAUUAACAGCCUUAUCCACUGGAGUUAAUGCUUCUGUGACGAGUCUCUCCAUGCAAUUAAAAGAAAAUAAUAUAUUUGCUGCUGGUUGUAAAGAUGGUUCCAUUAAAGUAUUUGAUAAAAGGCUACCACCAGAUGAAGCUAGAAUAGCCUCUUUUAUUGGACAUCAUAGUAAAAUACUUACCUUAAGGCUACAAGAUGCUUCUGUAGUAUCUGCUAGUGCUUAUGGGGAUAUCAAAACAUUUGAGUUUGGUCAAAGUGCAUCACAGCGAGAAUUUCAUGUCAAUAAUAUGCACUCUGCAUCCAUUCAUUCAAUGUGCAAUAUAAUAGCAUGUAGUGUAAAUCAAAUGUUAUUGUUCUACAACACAGAGGGUCAAUUAUUGAACUCAUUGAAGUUAUCAGAUUGGUUCAUGAGUUCACGUUAUCCACCGUUAAGGACCACUACAUUUCACCCUCAGAAAGUUUUGCUUUCUACUGGCGCUAUGGAUGGAACAAUAGCAUUAUAUUCAAUUGAUCCCAAAAGAUAAUGAAUGUAGUUUAUACACUUGUUUUUUUUCUGUUAAUUCAUUUUUGUUAUUGUUCUUUUUCUAACACUUUAAAUAUUCAUGACACUCUUUUAUUGUGCUCAAAGAUCGAUAUUUGACUGAACAUUGAUUUUUUAUGUACUUAGUAUUUUUCUGUACAUAAAAAAUUAUCUUAUUAUUUU